AUGGCCCUCGCCGGCAGGGCAGCGCUGCGCUGGGGGGCACGGCUGCCGAGCCCCGGCCCCGCCGCCGCCCCGCUCUGCUGUCCGGCCUGGCUGCCCGCGGCGUGCGGGCGGCCCUACAGCUCCCGCGGCAAGGAAGAAAUAGAUAUGUCAACGUAUCCUGUUGAAACCAUUAGAAACUUCAGUAUUAUAGCUCAUGUAGAUCAUGGCAAAAGUACACUAGCAGACAGAUUGCUGGAAAUUACAGGAACAAUUUCUAAAACUGAUCGUAAUAAACAAGUGCUGGAUAAACUUCAAGUGGAACGUGAAAGAGGAAUUACAGUUAAAGCCCAAUCUGCAUCUCUCUUUUACAAUCAUGAAGGAAUAAACUACCUCUUAAAUCUUAUUGACACACCAGGCCACGUAGAUUUCAGCUAUGAAGUAUCACGGUCACUAUCUGCCUGUCAGGGUGUCAUACUUGUAGUGGAUGCAAAUGAGGGUAUUCAGGCUCAGACAGUGGCAAACUUCUAUCUUGCCUUUGAAGCACAGCUUUCAAUAAUUCCUGUCAUAAAUAAGAUUGACUUGAAAAAUGCAGACCCUGAAAGAGUUGAAAAACAAAUUGAGAAGCUCUUUGAUAUCCCUACAGAUGAAUGCAUAAGGAUUUCUGCUAAACAAGGAACAAAUGUUGAAAAAGUUCUUCAAAAGGUCAUUGAGAAGAUCCCACCACCCCAAUGUAAUACUGCUGAUCCAUUGAAAGCCUUAGUAUUUGACUCUACCUUUGACCACUACCGAGGUGUCGUAGCUAACAUUGCGCUCUUUGGUGGGGAGAUUGCAAAGGGACACAAAAUUGUGUCUGCACACACUAAGAAAAGAUAUGAAGUAAAUGAAGUUGGAAUUCUGACUCCAAAUGAACAGCCAACACAUAAGCUCUAUGCAGGACAGGUGGGGUACCUGAUUGCUGGAAUGAAAGAAGUAACGGAAGCCCAAAUAGGAGACACACUGUUUUUGUAUAAACAGCCAGUGGAGCCUUUGCCUGGCUUUAAGUCAGCGAAGCCAAUGGUUUUUGCAGGAAUGUAUCCAAUAGACCAAACAGAAUAUAAUAAUCUCAAAAGUGCUUUGGAAAGGUUGACAUUGAAUGACUCCAGUGUAACUGUUCAUCGUGACAGUAGCCUUGCCUUAGGAGCUGGAUGGAGGUUGGGUUUCCUUGGUCUUCUACAUAUGGAAGUCUUUAAUCAGCGUUUGGAACAAGAGUAUAACAUGUCUGUUAUUUUGACUGCACCUACAGUUCCAUAUAAAGCUGUUCUUUCCUCAGCAAAGUUGAUAAAGGAGUACGGAAAAGACCAGAUUACUAUUAUCAACCCUGCUCAGUUUCCUGAUAAACUUUCAGUAUCAGAAUAUUUGGAGCCAACUGUUCUUGGUACUAUUGUAACACCUCAUGAAUAUAUUGGGAAAAUAAUUACAUUGUGUCAGGAUCGUAGAGCAGUCCAGAAAGAUCUGUUGUACAUUGAUGAGAACAGGGUUAUGCUAAAAUACCUCUUUCCACUGAAUGAAAUUGUGGUGGAUUUUUAUGAUGCUCUUAAGUCUCUGUCUUCUGGCUAUGCAAGUUUUGAUUAUGAAGAUGCAGGUUACCAAUCAGCAGACCUAAUCAAAAUGGAUAUUCUUCUAAAUGGAAAUCCAGUUGAAGAACUGGCAACUAUCAUACACAGAGAUAAAGCCUAUGCUGCUGGUAAACUCCUAUGUGAACGUUUAAAAGACACUAUUCCUAGACAGUUGUUUGAAAUAGCCAUCCAGGCUGCCAUUGGCAAGAAAAUCAUUGCAAGAGAAACGCUGAAGCCUUACAGAAAAAAUGUUGUGGCAAAAUGUUACGGUGGCGACAUUACAAGAAGAAUGAAGCUUUUAAGGAGGCAAGCAGAAGGCAAGAGGUUAAUGAGAAAAAUUGGCAAUGUUGAGGUUCCAAGAGAUGCCUUUAUACGUGUUCUAAAGAGAGAAACUGACAAAUAGACAUCAGUGAAAUCCAGAUCAUGUCAGCUUUUUUGCAGACAGUAACAAAGUGAGCUAAUACAGGAUUUAUCACUGUGAGAUGGAACAUAUUUGACUUUAAAUGGUAUGAAUUUGGUAUGUGUGGGAAGAUGAAUUGACUUAAAAAAUGUACAUAUAUUUGUAGAUUAUUAUGAAAUUAAAUUUACUUGACUGAAUCUAAAAGUUCACAUUAUAUUGUUUCUUCAUUUUUUUCCACUGUUUUCAUACUUUUAAUACUUAAAAUAACAAUACUUUUGGGGUUUUUUUUCAUUGCAAGUCUCUAUAUAUAGAGAGGAACCAUAUGGCAGAAAGGUUAUAAAAAUAAUUUAAAGGUAUGUACAGACAAACAAUACUGUGUUGGUUUGGUUUUUUUCUUUUAAAGUUUGAACUGCUGACACAAAAGUAUCAAGCUGUUUCCUGUUUCACCUUCUCUAAAGUUGCUGUUUUCAGGAAAUCAUGAUGCUGGGAAACCACAUCAGAUGAAAAAAUCAAAACUCUUUAAAUUUACCAUGCUGUUUAUUUUAAACCAGUUGAAGUGUGUAAAUUUACCAUUAGUUCAGCCUAGCUGUGCUUAUCUUCAGGAAAAUAGUAAGUUUUCUUAUAUUAAAAGACAGAAUCUGUAACUGUUCCACUAGUGAGACCAAUUCAGGCCUUAAAAAAAUUAUUUAACAUGAAGGUUUGGUUAUAGGGUAUCUUGGUGUAGUUGGUGAAGUUUUAUUUCUGUUGUUUACAUGCUAAAGUUUGUCAGUGCAUCCCCAGUUAAAUGCUGCAGUGUAGUGUGUGUACCAUGAAGUGUUACUUUUGGAAGUGUACACAAGGCAAUUAUAAAUAAGUUAAUGACCCUACUAUAUACUGUAUUUACAACAGUUUACCCACCUCCAAAAGCUUUUAAACUGCAUUCAUUUUUUUGAUCUUCAGGGACUAGUUUUGCUCUUCACAAAUCUUAUUUUCUUGUUAUUAAAUAUUUAGUAGAGAACAAAUUGCUAGUCAUACCUACUAAAGUACUCAGUCACCAGCAAAGUCUGCCCUUAAAUUUAGGCUUGUACCUACACUUUAAUUAUAAAGUAGUUUUAUUUCAGCCUGUGUACAAGGAGGAAUUGGGAAAAUCUUUGGAGGCAUGGAAGGGAACAGGACUUGUUCCCUUUCAACCUGUAUUAGUUUCAGGGUGUGGAAAAAGGGGAGAGGGAAUUCUGAUAAGUUAGUGGUUUGUUGGGGCUUUUUUCUGUUUGGUUGUGGUUGUUCAGGUUUUGGGUUUUUU